ACUUAAGUUUGGAGGAAAUUGUAUGACUUCAAAGUUGCAAAAGUUCAACGAGUUUUGGUGAAUGAUGGUUGAAGAUUUCACAUUUUUUGUCCUGUUUUAGAGUUUUAAUAUGUCGUAACUUUCUCUUGUUUAUGUGAUACAUUUUUAUAAAAGACUAGGUUCAGCAAGGUUGAUUUCCGCCCCUGGCAGCAAUGGCGUCCAUUCAGGCAUCAUCAAGGAAGCGAAAAAACAAAGGUUUAGGAGAAAAGAACAAGAGGAAGAAGAAGGAUCAGGAUCUCUCUGAUGUUAGAAAACUCGGUCAACAGCUUCUUUCAUCCAGAGCUCAUAUUAAUAACCUCCCUCUCCUACUCAACUUUCUCAGUCCAACCACAUCUUAUCCCCCUGAGUUCCUCCUUGAAUCUCUUCUUUCUCUUCAAUCCUUCUUCACCCCACUCCUUCCCCAACUCCCUUCUUCUUCUGCUAAACCUACAGAAGAUCCAGAAUCUAUAUACCAGAUAUGGGUUCGUUCUAAAUUUGAUGAAUUCGUUCAAUGCCUAAUCCAGCUUUCAGUUUCUUCAACGACUUCUGAAGAAGCUCUCAGAGAAGUGGUGCUGGAUACUUUGAUGGAGUGUGUCAAGAUUGGAAAUGCGGGGAAAUUUCAUUCUUCUAUAUACCAAAAGUUCAUCUAUAGCAUGGUUUACUCUAUUGCAGAGGCUGAUACUUUGUUAAAUUUGCUUGUAUCAAAGUAUUUCAAGUACAUUGAUGUCCGCUAUUUUACUUGCAUAAGCCUGGAAAAGCUAAUUCGAACUCUUGAUGUCAAAGACUGCUCUGAUGUCAGGCCUAAGACGGAAGAUACAGAAAAUGAAAGUCCGGCAAGAGCCAGUGGGCAGCUUUUAAUCCGCAAUAUACAUCAUGUAAUAUCUAAGAUCCCGACUCUGGAACAACUUGAUGAAAAAUCUGAAUAUGAAGUAUGGAACGAGUCUGGUGUUUUCACCAAAGAGGGUGCAAAAGAGUCCAAGAAAAUUAAGAGAACAGAAGGAAAAGAUGGCAAAGUCAAGUCCAGCAAGGGCGUUUCAUCUUCGGUCAAGAUUUCCAAAAAGAUGAAGCUGAAGUUCUCUAAAGCAUGGAUGGCAUUUCUUGGAUUACCCCUUCCUAUUGAUGUGUACAAGGAGGUUCUUGUCACCCUCCAUCAGGCAGUAAUCCCUUAUUUGUCUAAUCCCAUUAUGUUGUGUGAUUUUUUGACGAGAUCAUAUGACAUUGGAGGGGUUAUUAGUGUCAUGGCUCUUAGCAGCUUGUUCGUUCUUAUGACAGAACAUGGUUUAGAGUAUCCCAACCUCUAUGGGAAGCUUUAUGCGCUUCUUGUACCCUCUAUUUUCAUUGCAAAACACAGAGCCAAGUUCCUCCAGCUUCUUGAUUCAUGCCUGAAAUCACCGCUUCUUCCAGCUUAUCUGGCUGCUUCUUUUGCUAAGAAAUUAAGCAGGCUAGCCCUUACGGUUCCUCCUUCAGGAGGCCUUGUGAUUAUUGCUUUAAUCCAUAAUCUUCUACGAAGACAUCCUUCAAUCAACUGUUUAGUGCAUCAGGAGGACAAUGGUGAAGUGGCCAAGGAUGUUUCGAGCAUUAAACCAGGCAUUGAUCUUUUUAACAACGAGGAAACGGAUAUUCUCAAAACCAGUGCCAUGAGGAGUUCUCUGUGGGAGAUUGAUACAUUGCGCCACCACUACUGCCCCCCGGUGUCAAGAUUUGUUUUGUCAUUGGAGAAUGAUUUGACAGUUAGAUCCAAGACAACUGAAGUUGCUAUUAAGGAUUUCAGUUCAGGCUCCUAUGCAACAAUAUUUAGAGAAGAGAUACGACGGAGGGUUAAACAGGUUCCAUUGGCUUUCUACAAGGCAAUACCAACUUCAUUGUUCUCAGAGAGUGAUUUUGCUGGUUGGAGUUUUCAAUCAGACUGAUAACACAGAAGCAGUCAAGAGCCAUGAUUUUUCCUUCUUUAUUUUAACAUUUUUACCUUUGCUAGGGUUUGCCAACAAACUAUUUCUUGUAUUUACUUUGUACUACAUUUCAGUUAUUUAGAUGAUUCUG